CCGGCAUUCCUCCCCUCCCCCCGCCGUCUGAGUUUCUCCUUUUUAGCCCCGACUCGUCUUGUCGCCGCGGAGAUUCCCCCUCCCCCCUUUUUUGCCGCCGCCGUCGCCGUCACCGCCACCGUCGGGCCCAGUUGCCCAGACCCGGUCCCCAGCCCCGCACAAGAUGUCAGAAGAUCUAGCAAAGCAAUUGGCAAGCUACAAAGCUCAGCUCCAGCAGGUUGAAGCUGCAUUGUCUGGAAAUGGAGAAAAUGAAGAUUUGCUAAAAUUAAGGAAAGAUUUACAAGAAGUUAUAGAACUAACAAAAGACCUCCUGUCAACUCAACCUUCUGAAACUCUUGCAAGUUCAGACAGCUUUGCUUCCAUUCAGCCUACUCAUUCAUGGAAAGUAGGAGACAAGUGUAUGGCAAUCUGGAGUGAAGAUGGACAGUGUUAUGAAGCCGAGAUUGAGGAGAUAGAUGAAGAAAAUGGCACAGCUGCGAUCACCUUUGCUGGCUAUGGCAAUGCUGAAGUGACUCCACUUUUGAACCUCAAACCUGUAGAAGAAGGAAGGAAGACAAAGGAGGACAGUGGCAACAAACCCAUGUCAAAAAAAGAAAUGAUUGCCCAGCAACGUGAAUAUAAAAAGAAGAAAGCUUUGAAGAAAGCACAGAGAAUAAAAGAACUUGAGCAGGAAAGAGAAGACCAGAAGGUGAAAUGGCAGCAGUUCAACAACAGAGCCUAUUCUAAAAACAAAAAAGGCCAAGUAAAAAGGAGUAUUUUUGCUUCACCCGAGAGUGUAACCGGCAAAGUUGGAGUAGGAACUUGUGGAAUUGCUGAUAAACCUAUGACACAGUAUCAAGAUACCUCUAAAUACAAUGUCAGGCAUUUGAUGCCCCAAUAAUCAGAAAAAAAAAAAAACUGUCAGAUUUCAUCUCUGCAGGGCUUUACAUUUACCUUUUUAUUCUUAUAUUUUUCUAAAGGUAAAUUAUUUGUUAGAUAAGUAAGGAAGAUACUAUUAUUGUCAUCGUUUGAACAGAAUGAAACUUGAAGAAACUUGUAUUUGAUAACUGCUAUUCAUUUAACUUUUCAUUAAUACUACCACAGUUUUCUUAAAGUUUGUUGAAUAAAUCAACUUUUCUAGGUAGAUGCUGCAUAUAAAUACAGCACUUAGAUGAAUUGACCUAAUAUCAGGCCCCGUUUAAUGAAUGAAUGGUGUAUACCUUUUUAAGUCCUAGCUUAUGAUUUUGAGAUGCUUCAGACUUGCCACAUAUUAUAAGAAUUAAAUGGAGAACAUCAAGAUAAAACACCAAUCUGCAAAAAGGACCCUUUAAAAAAAAAUCUCAAUUUAAAUCUGUUGGCUAAGUAAGUAUAAAAAUAGGUUAAUUUUGUAAACAGCCUGUUUUUGAGACUUUCCCAAGCCUAUUAGGUUUUCUCUAAAAUGGAUCGAUCCCUCUCUUACUCAUUUCACUGAGUUUUAGAUUAUGUAAGAAACUAUUUUUAGGGUCAGCAACCUCUUGGGUUUUGUCUUUUUUUUCCUCCCGUGUUGACCUUUCACUUAUGGUAGUGGUACCAGUUUUUGGAUGUGUAAUGUUUAUAUGGGAAAAAAAAAAAAAGCUGAUGUAUAGCCCUGUAUACAGUGUAGAUACUAUUUUUGUAAAAAAAAAUAAAAAAAACAACCAAGGCUAAAUUAAUGAACAAGAGUACUGAAUGUUUCAUCAUUAAAAAUUUACUGUAUUUCUUGUACAUUAAUCUGACCAUAAUCUCCCUGUAUAUUAUGUUUAUGUAGCUUACUUUGUAAUUUUUGUUAACUAGAUCAAGUUGACAGCAUUUGUUGGUGUAAGUGAACAUCACAGUUAUUCUGAGUUGAGUUUAAGCCAAAUACAUGCAUAGAAAAGGGUCUUCCUAUUAAGGGAAGAUGGUGAUUUUUAGAAUGUGUGUUAAUUUCAGUUUUGUAUGUUUAACUUUUAUUAAAUAAAGUGUUUUUAAAAUCUUCAGGGUGUGUUAACAGAAGGAUGUAAUCUUUAGCUGCCACAGUUGGCACAGUGAUUAUGCCCCAGUGUAUUGUAUACCUCAUUUCCAUGGAGGGAAUGCUGAAUGACAACAAAAAAUGUUUGUAAAUCAUGUAACCUUUUGUUAGACAUCAGAAAUUGGGUCCUAAGGGACAAGCCAAUUUCAUAUUUAAGGAUCUGUGUUGUAUAUACAGGAGUUGUAAGUAUUGGGCAGAAAGGGAAAAUAAACAUUUCUUUUCAUGAA